GCACUCAGGACUCUCAUACUCAAGAACAGUCUCAAGUACAGGAAGCAUACAUCCGCUGCGCCCAAUCGCACACGCUCGCACCCCUGCAGCAGCCAGCUAUCGAUCCGCCCGUCAGGCACUCCAUCCUCCAAAAGCAUAUCCCGCAGGAAUGGCGCCCAACGUACCGCUGGAAGCGUCCAGCACGGCUACUUCUUUCCUCUUCAGCGCCUUGCGUUCCAAUCUGCGUCCAGACGGUCGGCGAUCGUUUCAUUCCACUCUACCCCUCUCCCUCUCUCUCGGCUCCUCACCAGGCACAUGCAGCGUCUCUAUCGGCACAUCCAAAGUCAUAACGCACAUCGUAGCAGAGCUGACCGAACCUAGAUCAGAAAGACCUUAUGAAGGGACAUUGGAUUGCAAGAUAGAAGUGGGGUCUAUCGCCGGUGUUCAGUUCGAGCGGAAUAGAACGGGAGAUGAAGAGUUGAAGUUUGAGAGAGCUGUGGAGAGAGCUGUGAGGAGGUGUCAGGUGGUGGAUCGAGAAGCUCUGUGCGUCGUAGCUGGUCAAAAGGUCUGGUCCAUCACGCUCUUUGUGCACCUUCUCUCCUGGGCAGGGCUGUCCGCUUCUGUAGACGCAGCGGUGCUGAGCAGUCUUCUGUCCUUGCGCUCAUUUCGUCGACCAGAUGUUAGCGUCGAAGGAGGAGCAUCCAUCCUUCGUCGCAGAGGCCCACUCUCCUCCUCCACAUCCGCCAGCAUCCGUCGAAACAGGGCGAAGAUAACAUUGCACGAUCCCGCUUCGCAUGCCCCUAUCCCGCUCGCCUUGCAUCAUGCACCUCUAAGCGUGACAUUGGUCUACUUUGAUAUCUCUUCUCACCAAGCGCUCCACAAGAUCGGUCCGACUGGAAAGAAUGAAGAAAGAAGAAAUGCGCAGCUUGAAGAUGACGGACAAAUUCUGCUUGUGGAUCCGGAUCCUUUGGAGGCAGAAUUAGCAGAUGCUGUGAUACAGAUCGUCGCUACGCCUCAAGGAGAUAUCUGCUCCAUAGAUCAUGCAGGUGGAAAAGCGAUCUCGCCAAGGCUGCUUAGGCGAGCCAUCAAUCUGGCAAGGGAGAGGGUCAAGGAUCUGUCCAAGCGGUGCGACGCGGUCUUGAAGGCGAACGAGACCAGCGAGGCUCUGGAGGUCAGGUAGACUGUGGCACCCCAACGCUCGCCCUCCCGCACCGGACAGAGGUGAAAUUGAGUCUCGUCAUAUCGCCCACCAUGUACAAUCACCCUUACCAUUUGCAUUCCUGCAUUGCAAAACAGCACCACCAUCACACGCCGCAGCAAGUCAAAUACAUUCACAGCGAUCAAAUCACGAAGGCGAGGCGCAUGGCAAAUUGAGCUGCUGCUGCUGCUUCGUGCGUUAGCUGUACCGGUGCCGCAGAAGUCUCGAAUCGUCAUUCUCAACGCGCUGCACCAGAUGCAGAUGAACAUUCCACGAUG